GUUUUGAAAAUUCAGUUGGCGUUCGACCAGCAAAUGCAACGAACGGUUUACAGCGGCAAAGCGGAUCACAAAAUAACCGAAGCAAAUACAAAACUUCAACUUAAGUAACAAGUAAUGAUAAAGCAAAGCACACGUUUGAGCGCUCAAAAGUGCAGGCCCAUAUAAGCGCGUGUGAAUUGCAGAAAGCCAAGAGAAAAAAGGUGAAAUUGAAAAAGUGCUAAUAGUGAAUGUGAAUUAAAAGUGUUAAAAACUCAUUUUGGCUUGCUGGAAAUUUGAAAACUCUUAGUGACUUGGUGGUGUCCAAGCAGCCGUUUUGGGCAAUAACACGUCUCAAUUAACACGUGUGUGUUGCUGGUGUUGUUGGCUUUUUUCAGCCAACUUCUCUCGCUGCUGCUUUGAAAAGCAUUUCAGCAGUACUUAAUUUAAAAUGAAAUGCAACAACACACUAAAUGGUAUAUAAAGAAAUAGAUUUGACAAAUUUCACUUUGCAAAACAACAACAACAAAUUAUCAAUUUCAAUGCCAAGUAGCGUGAAUACUCAAAGCGGAAAUAUAUUUGUGCAAAUCAGCUAAAACUAAAUUAGUACUGAAAUCUGCCACAAUUGUGAUUUCCAAAACAAAAAAAAGGAAAAAUAAAAUAAAUACAAAUACAAAAAUAGAAAUAAAAGACCAAACAAAAGUUGGCAAGCAAAUAAAUUUGAAAAGCAUAACGUAAAAUCAACACCCACAAGUCGAGCAAGUGCAAUGAACAAAUCGAUGCAUUGAGCACCGAAAGAAGACAUUAGUCAUCGGCUCAUCGAAAAUACUAACAUAUAUAGCAGUUAUACCGUUGUGAGAUCUUUCUAUAUAUACAUAUAUAAAUAAACAAGUGAAUGACAUAAAAAUUAAAACAAUUGGCAUUACCGGAAGAGCAUAUGCAAAGCCGAACAAACUACAAGUGAAAAAGUGAAAAUUAUGAUGGGACAAACACUUUGAAAACCUGCACUCUCCGCAGCAUUCAAAGAAACAAGACUCGCCACUUGAGCACACGAAAAUCGCAUAAAUUACAAAACAGUGAAAAUGUGCAAAAUCGCACGGUUUAUGAAAUCCGUUACAAAUACAACAAAUACAAUGCAUACGCUAACAUUUCUCAAAUCCAAUUACAAAUACAAGCGCAGAGUCUACACGAGCAUGACGCAUACGCACGCAACGUCAAGAGUGCGCCAACCACAGCGGCGCGCUGCAGCCGCGGAGGCAGAGGCAGAAGACCGCUGCGCUAAUGCCAAAAAUACAUUAAAUAAUGCAAUUAAUCAAAUAAUCAACACUAAACGAAUUACAUGUGAAAUUAAAUUAAUAUUUAAAUUAUUUAUUUUGUUCGUCGGCCAAUUGCUGACGUACACACCUUGCCAUACGCGCGACGGCAGACGCCCGAGUGACAGCGUGGCGCUAACGCAGAGCCGCCAAGUCAUCGGUGGCGGUGGCGACGGCGGCAGCUUUGAUGACACGAGCCAUCAACGGCGAAAUUAUGAUAAAGUGUCAACCGGGCGAUGCCAAAUAGCGCAGCGUCUCCAUCAAUGGACACAAAGACAGAUGCGUCAACAUGACAGCCAAACUCGGCUAGCGCCGCCACAGCAACAACAAAAGCAGCAGCAACAACAGCAACAGCUAUGUUUAUAUGCGCGCAGUUUGGCGUAUAAUCAAAGCAGCCGUCGCUGCAAUGACAGCAAUUGGCAAGAUUUAUCGCCGGUGGUCGCGCAGCUGUCAGCAAAAGCAACGGCAACAACAACAACAGCAGCAGUAGCAACAAUGCUGCAACGGUGGCACACAUCGUCUGGCAGCGCCAGGAAUGGACGCAUUAAUGUGCUCUCAACACUGGCGGCAAUAUUAUUUAUGGCAUUGGCAUUCAAUGCGACGCCUCUUGUUGAUGCCGGCGCCUGCUGGCGUUCGUCACAAAGUAAUGGCAAAUGUAGCGAGAUUUACUUGCGGAACAGCACCAAAGCCGAGUGUUGCCGUUAUCCGGAGCUCUUCUACACGGAUCGUGAUGUUACCGAUGUAGAGUUCUUCUUCACAACAACCGUUGGUGAUGGAAUGACCUGUUCACCUUGUGCGCUAAGUUGCAAGAGCAUGCAAUGCGGUUGGAAUAAGAAGUGUGUCAAGCGCAAGGGCCGUCCGAAGUGUGUCUGCGCACCGGAGUGCGGCGCGGCCAAGCGACAUAAGCAAAGGGGGCAACCGAAGAUUUAUCGUGGACACGAACCACACAGUGAACAGUUGCGAAUGAAUAGACACAUUGUGACUGGCGCUUUCGGUGUUGGCGGUAAAGAAGCCGUUGAGGGCGACAGCGCUUCGGCUUUCUUCAACGAAGGCAAAUCGCCACGCGACAUACGUAGUUUAAGUAGCGAAAUUACAAAUGUUAAUUUAGGUGUUGAACACCAAAUGCAAAUGCAAAUACAAAAUCAAAACCAAAACCAAAGAAAACUGAUUCUAAUGCAAAGUCAAAGCCAACAGAAGCCUCAGUUAAGUAGACGUGUAGAGAAACCGGGAAGACUUUUAAUAACGGCCAAUGUCGAACAUGACACCGAGAAACCCGUCCAACAGCGUAUACAGAUUAUUAGUAAUGUAAGGAUGAAUAGCAGAAAACAUCACAACCACUUUAAUCGUGAUAAUUUCGAUGAUGAAUUCAACGACGAAGACGAUGACGACGAAAACAACGAAGACGACGAGGACAAUGAUGAGGAUGCUGCUGAUGAUGCGGAUGCUGAUGCGCAUAAUGAAGAUACUCUUGAUAUUGAUGAUGAUUUGGGUGAUUGGUUGGAUGACGUCGUCGUUGGCGCGGAAGAAUCAACGGGCAAUCAUCGGCGUAGUAGCGAUGAUUCAACAAGAACCCCGUUGGAGUCACGAAGAAGCUUCAAUUUGCCGUCUAGACAUAAAGCAAAUAAAAAUUCAAAUCACAACAAGAAGCGAAGACAACAUGAAAAUGAAAUGGAGCUCGGCAAGCGCCAGCAGGAGAACAGCAACAACAACAAUUUCGCCAUAAUAAAACGUUUCCAACUGGCGGCGGCUGCAGCAGCAGCACAGCCAUCCGCGAGCGCUUCAAAUGCCAGACGGCUCGAGAACGCACCAAAUCACGAGGAGGUGUUGCUGCCACCAGGCGAUACGGUGAAUGUUAAUAGUGCCAGCAACAGCAACAGCAACAAUGGCAACUACAAUGGCAAUAAAGGCAAAGGUAAGCACAACAUUGACGGCGGUAGACAACAACGUGAACGUCAUCACCAUCAGCAACGCAAACGCAAACAUCAGAAGCAACAACAACAACAACAACAGCAGCAACAACAGAAUGGCCAUCAGCACAAUCAUCGCGCACACAAGAAACACAAGAAGCUAAAGGAUCACAAUGCUAACAACAAUGACAACAAUGUGCGCACGCGUACAUCAUCGUCUGCAACAUCCUCGUCGGGCGCGCAGCACAACAACGAUAACAUAGCAACAACAACAACAGCGGCGGCAUCACAAACGCCCAUAAUACCAACAACAACAACGACAAUGGAGUGGCAGACAACAGCUGCUACCACUCCCGUAAAUUCCAUGUCGCCGUCUGAUGAUCGUCGUUUAUUAAAUCACGGAAGUCAUAUUGCAAAAUCAUCGCCGUCGUCGCCGGUGAGAAUGCAAAAAACCGGCGCAUCGUCUGAGGCAUUUUUCGGUGUUGGUGCCGGUGCCGAUGCUGUUGGUGUUGGUGUUGUCGAUGGAGGUGUUGCUGCUGAAGUUGGCAAAUCAUCUCUUAAUUCGGAUGACUCGACACUACUGGAUGGCAUAUACGAGGAUUUCAAUGUCUACGGAUUCCCGAAUCGCCAAUUUGAAGUAGCGGUAGAAAAUUUUCAUGGUCCACACCCUGUUUGUGGUACAGAUGGUCGCACUUACAAUACGGAAUGUCAGUUGAAGAAGCGCGCUUGUCGCACCAAUAAUCCAACGCUGGCUGUUGCAUAUCGCGGACAUUGUCGAACAUCAUGUAACGGCGUGAAAUGUCUCAACGGUCAAACAUGCGUCGAAGAUCAAUACACAAUACCCCAUUGUAUUGCUUGUAAAAUUGAUUGCCCCGACGACGAUGCGGCCGCCAUUGCAGCGCUGCCAAUCGAUCCGACGCGCGCAGUCUGCGGUGUCGAUGGCAAGACGUAUCGUAGUGUUUGUGAUAUAAAUCGAAUGAUUUGCAAAAGUGGACGGUCAGUUGCUGUCGCUUAUCCGGGACCAUGUCGAGAUGAUCGUCCGACUUGCAGCGAAAUCAACUGCGGCCGCAAGCACACCUGCCUGGUGGAUUUGCUGACGCUGGAGCCGCGCUGUGUCUCCUGCAGCUACAAAUGCGCUCGCAAACGUCGACCAACGUCGCUGCGCUUUGAGGAGGGCAAAAUAUGUGGCGUCAACAAUCGCACAUACAAUUCGUGGUGUGAAUUGCGGCGCGAUUCGUGCAACACCGGCUUUCUCAUCGAUGUCAAAGCACCGGGCGAAUGUCAUUAAAAAUGGAAAACGGUAAAAUGACGAUUAUUUUGAAAGCGAAAAGGCGAAAUGUGAAGUGUAAAACGGCAAAAAUAAAUGCGAAAUAUCUAUGUUUAGUUGUUAAGUAGAAGGCUUUUAGAACAAAAUUUGUAGUACUAAAUUCACCAACACACAUGCAUACACACACCUACAUACACCUAUACAUAUAUAUAUAUAUAUAUAUAUAUGAAUUAAACAACAUUAGUUUGUCUUCCAAGCAGCAUAUCUCCAAUUAAGCAAAACCCUUUUGUGCCGUUAAGCCCUCGUCAAUUUGUUCGUUUUCCACAUUAGUCCUUAGAUGCUUCCAAAGAAAAUGUAUGUUUCAAUGUCACACAUACAUACAUACAAACAUCGAUAUUGCAAAUUUUUAAUUUAUUUAUAAUAGUGUGUAGUAGAGGAAAAGCUUCGUUUAGCAAGUGUUUGCAUAACUAACGACGCUGUAAUUACAUAAGAUAGCCAAUUUAGAUUUACAAUGGCAUAUAAAUGCUUGACACACAUACAUACACGGAUACAUAUAUGAAAAUAAAUAAUUAAUUCAAAUAAAUAUGUAUGUGUAUAUAAAACACUUAUAUACUUACUUAAACACACUUAACCGUAAAUCUUAUAGAAGAAAACAGCAAGAACAUAUCUUUAGAGGCUUUUAAAAUAAGCAUGCAUACAUAAAUACUUAUAUCAGACACACACACACACACAUAGAAACACAUAAAAAUAAAUUUCUAUAAAAUAUACAUACAUACAUAUAUACAUAUUUGUUUAGCAUAAAUAAAUUGGUAGUUUAAAAGAAAUCUAUAGCGUAUUAUUAAAUAAAUUAACUUAUUAAUUAACAUAUUAAUUAUUAUUAUUAUAAAAGAAAUAUUAUUAUUAAAUGUCAGUGUUGAAUUAUUAUUGAUGCUAGUACACAUACAUUAUACAUAUACAUAUACCUAUAUACUUAUACACAUACACACAUGCAUAGCUAUAUGAACAAAUAUACAUACAAUCACACACACACACACACACAUACAUAUAUACAUAUAAACACACACGAUUGUAUUAAUUAACACUUAAUUACAUUUUAAUUAACUGACUGAUAGAUUAACCGCAAUAAAUUAGUGUGAAAUUGAAUUGAUUGUUGACAGUUGUAAUUUAAAUUAGUGCAAGCAAAAGUAACUUUAUUAUUAUUAUAUACUUAUAUGUAUGCGUGCAUAUGUAACACUUAUUUGCAUAAAUAAAUAUAUAAAUAAAUAAAUAAAAAUAUACAAACAUACAUUAACUAACCCAACUCUCUAUGUGCGAAUAUUAAAGAAAUUUAAAUAAAGAAAUUA